AUGAAAUCAGAACCCGCCGUGAGGAAGUCAAAUGUCCCGUGCGAGUUCCACCAAGAACGAGGGCACAAAACCGAAGAUUUCAUAGGACUAUGGCAGGAGGUGGUCAGAAUGCUGAACCAAGGAUACUUGAGGGAGCUGCUCAGCGAUAAGGGAAAGAUCAACUUCGCACGAGGGCGGGAUCAACCUCAAGGGCCGCCAAAGCCGCCUUCGCCUGCACGCACCAUCAACAUGAUCGUCGGAGGAGGCGACGAUUCAGCAAUCAACCAUGUAAAGUUCACCACUUCGCACAAGCUGAAGCGAACAAUCGCCCACGAACGGUAUGAUGACUUCGAAGAGAGUAUCACUUUCGAUAAGUCAGAUGCCGACGGUUUGUCUUUUCCUCAUUAUGGUGCUUUGGUCAUAACAUUACGCAUUGCUGACACUGAUGUUAAGAGAAUCAUGGUUGAUGACGGAAGCGGCGCCUUGGAAAGAACCUCCGGGGAGGUAUCAUUGCCGAUUUUAGCAGGAGGAGUUACGCUGGAAACCACUUUCCACGUCAUGAACCAAGAAACAGCCUACAACGCCAUCAUAGGACGCACGUGGAUACACACCAUGCGAGCAGUCCCCUCAAGCUUCUACCAAGUGAUCAAGUUCCCCACCCCUUGGGGAAAAUUUAGCAUUCGGGGCGAGCCGCGCACCGCGCAAGAAUGCUACCGAAUCGCUCAAGACUACUCAUACACCAAGCAGUUGAAAGGAGCAAGUGCGGAAGCAUAG